CUCUCUCUUCUUCUCUCUCCUCAUUCAGACCAACCCACCCCUGUCUCUAUCUCUAUUCUCUAUAUCUAAUUCCUCCAUUUAUUUCUUUCACCCUUCUCUCUCUCAUUUCACCUGUAACACACACACACACACCAUGUCUAGGGCUUCAAACAUCCUUCUCUUCUUCUUCUUCUACACAUCAGGAAGCUAAUUAGCUACAUCUUCAACACACCCAUCAAAAUCUUUCAAUCUUUUUUUCUGGGUCUGCAAAAAUCAACUUAAUUUCAACAUCUUUCUUCACAAGCUUCCAUCUUUUUACAUUUCUUCAACAUUUUCUUGAAAAUUCCAACCCAAAAAGCCCAGUAUAACUGUGUACACAUAUGUUGAUCAACCCUGUUAAAAAAAGACACAAUCUUUGGUCUCUUUAUCAGUUAUAACAACUUAAAGUUUGAAUCUUGUGGCAAAUCUUGAAACAAUUUGGUGAAAUUAGUGGUUUUUUGAGGUGGGGUUUGGUGGAAAAUGGCUAUGGCUAUGGCUGUUGAACAGUAUAAGGAGAUCAGUGGUAAUAACAGCAUCACAAAACACCAGCUGGAUAAUGGAAAAUAUGUAAGGUAUACAACUGAGCAAGUUGAGGCCUUGGAAAGAGUUUAUGCAGAGUGUCCUAAACCUAGUUCUUUGAGGAGACAACAGUUGAUCCGAGAAUGCCCUAUUUUGUCCAACAUAGAACCUAAACAAAUCAAAGUUUGGUUUCAAAAUCGCAGAUGCCGAGAGAAGCAACGGAAAGAAUCGUCUAGGCUUCAGACAGUUAACAAGAAGCUAUCUGCAAUGAACAAGUUAUUAAUGGAGGAAAACGAUCGCCUGCAGAAACAAGUGUCUCAGCUUGUAUGCGAAAACGGAUAUAUGCGCCAACAAUUGCACACAGGUUCAGCAGCUACAGAUGCAAGCUGUGAAUCUGUGAUCACCACUCCACAGCAGUCUCUAAGAGAUGCAAAUAACCCGGCUGGACUCCUCUCGAUUGCAGAAGAGACCUUGGCAGAGUUCCUUUCAAAGGCCACAGGAACUGCUGUCGAUUGGGUCCAGAUGCCUGGGAUGAAGCCUGGUCCGGAUUCGGUUGGGAUCUUUACGAUUUCACAGAGUUGUAGUGGAGUGGCAGCUAGAGCCUGCGGUCUUGUAAGUUUGGAGCCCACAAAGAUUUUAGAGAUUCUUAAAGAUCGCCCUUCUUGGCACCGCGAUUGCCGGAACCUUGAAGUUUUUACAAUGUUUCCUGCUGGAAAUGGCGGAACAAUUGAACUUGUAUAUACACAGAUUUUUGCUCCAACAACACUUGCUCCUGCGCGGGAUUUCUGGACCUUAAGAUACACCACAAGUUUAGAAAACGGAAGUCUUGUGGUGUGUGAGAGAUCCCUAUCGGGCUCCGGUGCGGGCCCAAAUCCGGCUGCUGCUACACAAUUUGUAAGAGGGGAGAUGUUACCGAGUGGCUACCUUAUUCGGCCUUGUGACGGUGGCGGUUCCAUUGUACACAUAGUUGAUCACCUAAAUCUCGAGGCAUGGAGUGUGCCAGAGGUUCUUCGCCCACUUUACGAAUCUUCCAAAGUUGUAGCCCAAAAAAUGACCAUAGCGGCAAUGCGGUAUAUAAAACAAAUAGCUCAGGAGUCAAGCGGAGAGGUAGUUUAUGGAUUGGGACGGCAACCGGCUGUUUUGAGAACGUUAACUCAAAGAUUAAGCAGAGGCUUCAAUGAUGCGGUAAAUGGAUUUAGUGACGAUGGGUGGUCGUUAAUGAAUUGUGACGGCGCUGAAGAUGUAAUCGUUGCGGUGAAUUCAACCAAGAAUCUUAACAACUCUAUGAAUCCCUCUGCUUCGCCACCGUAUCUUGGCGGGAUUCUAUGUGCAAAGGCGUCCAUGCUAUUUGAGAACGUGCCACCCGCGGUGCUAGUUCGUUUUCUAAGAGAGCAUCGGUCAGAAUGGGCUGAUUUUAACGUAGAUGCUUAUUCUGCUGCAUCGGUUAAACCCAACUCGUACAACACACAUCCAGGAAUGAGGCCUACACGGUUUACCGGCAGCCAAAUUAUCAUGCCUCUUGGCCAUACAAUUGAACACGAAGAGAUGCUUGAAGUCGUAAGACUCGAAGGUCAACCACUUGGAAACGAGGAUCCUUUUACGUCACGUGACAUUCAUCUCUUGCAGUUAUGCAACGGAAUUGAUGAAAAUGCCGUUGGAGCUUGUUCCGAACUAAUUUUCGCUCCAAUUGAUGAAAUGUUUCCCGAUGACGCACCACUCAUACCGUCGGGAUUUCGUAUAAUCCCGUUAGAACCCAAAUCAGGUGACGCUAAGAAUGCAUUGGUAACCACGCAUAGAACACUUGACCUAACCUCCAGUCUAGACGUGACACCUACAGCUAACCAAGGUUCAACCGAUAUGUCAACAUGCCAAACCACACGAUCGGUUCUAACGAUCACGUUUCAGUUCCCGUUUGAGAAUAGUCUAGCCGAAAGUGUGGCCACAAUGGCCCGACAAUAUGUUCGAAGCGUGAUCAACUCGGUUCAGAGAGUUGCGAUGGCUAUAUCUCCGUCUGGUUUGGGCCCUUGUGUGGGCCCCAAAACGUCUCCUGGCUCGCCCGAAGCACUCACUUUAGCGCAAUGGAUCUGCCAGAGCUACAUGUAUCAUUUAGGAGCGGACUUGUUAAGCUCGGGUUCGGUGGUUGGGGAGUCGUUAUUGAAAGAUCUUUGGCAACAUCAAGAUGCCAUUUUAUGUUGUUCUCUAAAGUCGCAACCUGUUUUCAUAUUUGCGAAUCAAUCGGGGCUGGACAUGUUGGAGACAACUCUUGUUUCUCUACAAGACAUCACAUUGGACAAAAUGUUCGAUGAAUCUGGGCGAAAAGCCUUAGUUCCGGAGUUCGCCAAGAUAAUGCAACAGGGAUAUGCUCAUUUACCCGGUGGAAUUUGUAUGUCGACGAUGGGACGUCAUGUAACAUAUGAACAAGCCGUAGCGUGGAAGGUUCUAGCAGCGGAUGAAAGUAGUGUCCAUUGUCUUGGAUUCUCUUUUGUCAAUUGGUCAUUUCUGUAAUUUCUAUGUUCUUUUUUUGCACCCUUUGCCCAUUGGUGAAGUUUUGGUAAAAAAAUUGUUUAGGAUUGUGCUCUUGUUUGAACCAUGAAACAUUGGUUAUUUGUUUCCAGUGGUUCCAUUUUUUUGUUGUAUUAAAACUUUGGUUCCAUUAGGGAUAGUGUGUUUAAAGUUGGGGAUUUUUGAUACCA